AUGCCCGCUCUUGAGACUCUGCGGCCUCUGGUCCUCUCCGGACCGUCAGGCUCGGGCAAAUCGACGCUCCUGAAGCGUCUUUUCAAGGAACAUCCUGACCGGUUUGGGUUCAGUGUAUCUCACACUACCCGCCGAAAGCGAGAAGGAGAGGAAGAUGGUGUAGCCUAUCAUUUCGUGAGCAUGCAGGAAUUUGAGUCGAUGAUCGAGCGAAAAGAAUUCAUCGAACACGCCAUGUUCUCGGGCAACAGAUACGGUACGAGCAUCAAGGCGGUUGACGAUGUCGCCACUACGGGCAAGCGAUGCAUAUUGGACAUUGAUUCGCAGGGGGUGCGUUUGGUCAAGGCAUCGCAUCUAGAUCCGUUCUAUCUUUUCAUUACACCUCCUAAAUACUCCGAGCUCGUCAAACGACUGACGGGGCGCGGAACAGAAACAGAAGAGGCUGUUGCAUCUCGACUGGCAGCAGCAAAGGGUGAGAUUCGCUACGCUCAGGAGCCGGGGGUUCACGAUGCUGUCGUUGUCAACGAUGAUGUGGACCGAGCAUACCGAGUAUUCGAAAAGAUUGCUCUGGGAGAGUCGACAGAGGGUGACCCUUUCCCUGAUCUCGAGGUGCCCGAAGACUAG